AUGCCAGAAACAGUUCGUACAGCCUUCGCAGACGAACCCCGUCCCCUCCUCUCCUACGGUAUUCCCUUCCCCUCCGCCGCCGCCCGCCAUGUCCCUGGACUUUUCAAUGCCUCGCGCGUCUACAUCAUUUGUUCGGGGUCAUUGGCCCGCAACACAGACUCCCUAGGACGAUUGAAAAGCGCCCUAGGUGAGGAUAAAGUUGUUGGAGUACGAAUUGGGAUGAAGAGCCACACACAGUGGUCGGAAGUCUUUGAGAUCAUGCAGGAUGCGAAACAUGUCGGUGCGGAUUUGUUGCUCACAUUGGGAGCGGGGAGCUUGACGGAUGGCGCUAAGAUUGUCGCUUUGGUAUGGCCCCUGCCGCUCAAUCUCAAGAGAGGCACUGAUAGCCCUAACAAAGGCUCCAUCCACCCACCCACAGUCCCCAUAGUCUCCAUUCCAACCUCCCUCUCCGCAGGCGAAUACUCCAACUUCGCCGGCGGAACCGACGACACCACGCCCGGAAGCAACAGAAAACACUCCUUCAGCUACCCAACACAAGGACCGCAGCUGAUCAUCCUCGACCCGGAACUUACAUCAACAACGCCGGGUUCAAUCUGGCUGAGUACGGGUAUUCGUGCUGUGGAUCAUUGCGUUGAGACGUUGUGCGCGCUGCGCGGUGGUAAUGGGACGGACACGUAUGAUGCGAUGGCAAGGCAUGCGCUAGGUUUGCUGGUGCCGGGAUUGGUGAGGUGCAAGCGGGAUGCGAAGGAUCUGGAGGCCAGACUACAGUGUCAAUUGGGGUCCGUGGAUGCCAUGGCUGCCUGUGCGAGUGGUAAUAUCCAGUUGGGUGCUAGUCAUGGGAUUGGACACCAGCUUGGGCCGUUAGGUGUUGGGCAUGGCGAGACGAGCUGUAUCCUUUUGCCGGCUGUGUGUAAAUUUAAUGCUGCACACAACGCCAACAAUGACCGGCAGGAUCUUGUGCGGCAGUUCCUCCUUCAUAACGAUAUCGUCAAGGACGUGCUGAGUCGUCAUGGCGUCAAUGCGGACAAAACUGACCUGGGAGAUGUACUGGAUGCUGUGAUUCGAGAGCUGGAACUGCCUAGAUCACUCAAGGAUGUUGGAGUUGGACGGGAGCAGUUGAAUGGGUUGGCAGAGAAUAGUCUACAUGACCGGUGGUGUUUGUCAAACCCAGUGCCGCUGAAGGAGAAGGGGCAGGUGCUGGAGAUUCUGGAGAAGGUUGUGUAA